AAUGGAGAUGGCCAAGUUUCUCUGCGCGAAUUAUUGGCAACUUGUUUCCACUUUGCCUCCAAAGAGCACAUCGACUCCAUGCUGCAACUGGCAAAGGUGGGAAGUGUUCGUGCAUUUCUCUUGGGUGAGGAUAAUGAGGACGAUGACGGAAAAUCCUCGUCAUCACCAUUUGCUGGUGCUGCAGACAAGCUCGAACCAAAGCACAGAAGCGAAUUAAUGGCCAUUUUCCGAGUGUUCGAUCACAACGGUGAUGGUGGCGUGAGUAUGCAGGAAAUCAUGGAGGCACUACGGGUCGACGACGACGACGUGAUGGCGGCCGUCAUGACCAAAGAGCGUGAGAAAGCAGGCAACCGAAUUACGGAACCCGUGGUGUCGAGCGGACUCACGCGUGAGGACGUGGAGUUAAUCUACAGCGAAUUCGAUCGCGACAAGGACGCAACGUUGGACUUUGACGAGUUCGUCGCUGUCAUGGCGAACCUCUACGCGCACAAACCGAGCCUGCUUCGAUAGCUCACCGACAGUGGCCAAUGUAAUGAUAUCCAUUCAAAUUGAACCAAGUAACUACUGUGGUUUGUUGCACAGACAAGUGGAAUCGAUUUUACCAGCUGAAACCCGAGUCAUCACCGAACAGCGAAGUUGAGCCACGCGAUCAAAUUACUGCUUCGCGACACGUUGGUUGGAAUGCACUAUGGUACAUUAGUGCGACAGUAUCUGGCGACAGCGGUUUGCGGUUGGAUAGGAUAAUACAGUUCACACGUUUGGUUAGCUGGUGGAUUCUCGGAUCAUGUUGCAAGGCGAGGAAGCGAUGGCAAACAAGGCCAACGAAUAAAAAGUUCAAGUCGGUCCGCCCCUGUUGCAUUAAUGGAAAGCCUUCAUGAAAGAUGGCGCCGUUAACUGCAUCGUGCUGUCGAAUGACAAGUUCGUCUCAGGAAAACCAGCACACGACGUCCAGUUCCUGUUGCCAUUAUUAACGCUGAUGUCGCAGUUGAGCUACGAAACCAUUAUCCAAGGUAACGCAAGGAGGAGUACCUGGAGCUCGAAGCAACCACUUCCUUUCGUACGGCAACGUCGUGGUAAAGUGAUAAUAACGCAAUUCGGUGAGUUGUAGGCGGACGUUGUUGUUGCCUUGUGGCAUCAUUGUGCCCCCUGACUCAAAUGCCAAACGCGAAAACAGACUUCUGCAAAAGGUUGUCUGCCCUUUUGUGGAUCAAUUGGUCUCUUGGGGUGGUGAAAACUGUGGGGGCCACACGCCUUGAGGCUCUCUCGCCAUCCGAACGUACGAUUCCAGGCUGAAUCGCUUUGUCAUUUCGCACACGUAUUAUUUUGUUUUGAAACACCUUUAUUACUUCGGAGUAUACAGAAUUUCCAUAAUUAAAUUGCAUGUCCGGUGUGACAAAAGUGCA